AUGUCCAACAGUCCGUCAGCCGAGGCCAAUGGGCAUAAGGUGGAUGACAGCAUAAAAGAGAUCAUCAGAGCCGCGACCGACCAUGACAUACAAUCACUGGAGAAGUGUAUUGAUCAGUACUCCUUCCCCGAGUGCAAAGCUGUCGAUGUCCAAGACCAAGAAACAGGCCUCACACCUAUACACGCCGCCAUUGCAUCCACUAAGUCCCAACUGCAUGGCGACUUUGGUGCAAACCAGCCCAGUGAAGAAAGCGGCAUUCAGGUUGUCAGAUUCCUGCUCGAAAAUGGCGCCAUUUGGAAUCAGCUGGACCUAAACAACGAGACGCCAGGCUGUAUAGCGUAUCGGUUGGGCUUGCACCAGCUCUACCAGACGAUGGUAGACGCAGGUGUGCGUGCGGAGAUGAUCCUCAACAGACUGGAAGAAUAUGAGGAGCUGGAAGACGAGGACGAAGACGGCGACGGCGGUGGAGACGACCUCGAUGACGGAGAUUUACGCCAAAUCGAGGCAGAGGCACCGCAGCCCAGCACUAGUCAAGACGAUGUCACCAGUGCCGGGUACCUCUCAUCCACGCUAUCCCUCAACAACGGCAGACUCCUGGACGCGGAGAGAAACGCAAUCAUGAUGGAGUGGGAAAGAGAUAUUAUGCAGCAAUCAGCGGAUGCCAUUCUGCCACGUCCAGGCCUCAAGGUAUUAAACAUUGGCUUUGGCAUGGGCAUUUUUGACACGCACAUCCAAGACCACGUCAACAGCCCUGCGAGCCAUCACAUCAUCGAAGCACACCCCGAUGUCAUCAAUGAGAUGCGCCGCAAAGGAUGGAUGGAGCGACCUAAUGUGGUCGUUCACAGCGGCAAAUGGCAGAACAUACUUCCUCAGCUCGCUGCCGAAGACGAAGUUUUCGAUGCCAUUUACUUCGAUACUUUUGCCGAGCCCUACAGCGCCUUCCGUGACUUCUUGUCCGAGCACGUCAUCAGCGUGCUGACCCAGGACGGGCGGUGGUCGUUCUUCAACGGCAUGGGCGCUGACAGACAGAUUAGCUACGACGUCUACCAGAAGGUCGUCGAAUUUGACUUGUUCGAAUCUGGCUAUGACGUGACCUGGACCGACGUGCAACUUCCCAACCUUGAUCAGGAGUGGGAAGGAGUGCGGCGGAGGUACUGGAAGGUCGACCUGUAUCGCCUGCCUGUCUGCAGGUUUUUGGACUGA